CUCUUAUGACUGAGCCAGCCAGGCACCCCUGUUGUUAUUAUUAUUAUUAUUAUAGAUAAAUCUAUAUUAUACAUCGACAGAAUGCAAUACAUUACACUGAGUGUUCUCUCCUUACUUAUCCCAUGGACUCUUUAUAGCAACCCUGUUGGGGUAUAAUUUGUCCCACUUAAUAGAUGAGGAAAUAGAAGGCCUUGAACUCAUUUGAUUACAGGUUCAAGGUUAGUAGGAGAGGUCUGCUUUACUGGGGCUCCUUGCCCUUAGGCUGCCUUCCUACUCCCUUCUUCCUCAUUUCCUGUACCCAAAUCCAUCCAACUCUGAACAUUGAUAAUUCAGACUUCUUCCAAGGUACAAGGGGAGGUUUGCAGUUUCUACUUGAGGAUUCCAGCCUGGUUUUCCGAAUGGAUGAGUGAACUCUUUGGGGCAGGAAGGGAAGGGAGAACAUCAGAUAAUAAUAAUAAUAACAGUAACAACAACAAUAAUAAUAAGUAACAUCUAUUAGGUGCUUACUAUGUAUGAGACUCUGGCUAAAUAAAGAACCUUUUGAGGGAGAUACUGUUAUUAUUCCCAAUAUAUACGUGAGAAAACUGAGGCUCACAGAGAUUCUAUGUCAUAUUCAAGUUCUCCCCAUGGUGGGUGCUUUUCCUAUCACACUUAGCCCUCGUGGAUGGACAGCCCUUCCCCCUCCUGCUGACAAUUGUGUCACAUCCCUUAGGCUGAGAACCACAAGUGUGGGAGAAAGCACUCUCUUGUUGUUGUCCCUGAUAAGGCCAGUCAGCAGCCAGUUUCCACCUGCUAGUGGUUCUUAUUACUGCAGUUGCAAUUCUCAGCGUCACCUUAACUUUUCAGGUUACUUAGACUUUCUUAGCCAUCUCCUGGGUUGAUUUUGCAGCAAUCUCGUGAGGUAGGCAGAUGAGGAGGCAUGGCUUAAGAGAAGUCAUGUGACAGUGACAGCGCCAACAGCACAGAGCUGCCCCUCGAGUGCAGGCCAGCUUGCUGGACUUUCUGCUGUUCGGGAGCCUCAUCUCAGCAGUGGACCCCGUGGCCGUCCUGGCUGUCUUUGAGGAGGUGCACGUCAACGACACUCUCUUUAUCAUCGUCUUUGGCGAGUCCCUGCUCAAUGAUGCCGUCACUGUGGUGCUGUACAAGGUCUGCAACUCCUUUGUGGAGAUGGGCUCUGCCAACGUGCAGGCUGCUGACUACCUGAAAGGAGUCGCCUCUCUGUUUCUGGUCAGUCUGGGCGGGGCAGCCGUGGGCUUAGUCUUUGCCUUCCUCCUGGCCCUGACCACACGCUUCACCAAGCGGGUCCGCAUCAUCGAGCCGCUGCUGGUCUUCCUCCUCGCCUAUGCAGCCUACCUCACUGCUGAAAUGGCCUCGCUUUCUGCUAUUCUUGCUGUGACUAUGUGUGGCCUGGGCUGUAAGAAGUAUGUGGAGGCCAACAUCUCCCAUAAGUCACGCACGGCUGUCAAAUACACAAUGAAGACUCUAGCCAGCUGUGCUGAGACCGUCAUCUUCAUGCUGCUUGGCAUCUCGGCUGUGGACUCUUCUAAGUGGGCCUGGGAUUCUGGGCUGGUGCUGGGCACCCUCUUCUUCAUCCUGUUCUUCCGAGCCCUCGGCGUAGUCCUGCAGACGUGGGUGCUGAAUCAGUUCCGGCUGGUCCCUCUGGACAAGAUUGACCAGGUGGUGAUGUCCUAUGGGGGCCUGCGGGGGGCUGUGGCCUUCGCUCUCGUCAUCCUACUGGACAGGACCAAGGUCCCUGCCAAGGACUACUUUGUGGCCACCACUAUUGUGGUGGUCUUCUUCACAGUCAUUGUGCAGGGCUUAACCAUCAAGCCACUGGUCAAGUGGCUGAAGGUGAAGAGGAGUGAGCAUCACAAACCCACCCUGAACCAGGAGCUGCAUGAGCACACUUUUGACCACAUUCUGGCUGCAGUGGAGGACGUUGUGGGGCACCAUGGCUAUCACUACUGGAGGGACAGGUGGGAGCAGUUUGACAAGAAGUACCUGAGUCAGCUGCUGAUGCGGCGGUCAGCCUACCGCAUCCGGGACCAGAUCUGGGAUGUGUACUAUAGACUCAACAUCCGGGAUGCCAUCAGCUUCGUGGACCAGGGAGGCCAUAUCUUGUCCUCCACAGGGCUCACUCUGCCCUCUAUGCCCAGCCGCAAUUCUGUGGCAGAGACCUCUGUCACCAACCUGCUGAGGGAGAGUGGCAGUGGAGCGUGUCUGGAUCUGCAGGUGAUUGACACAGUGCGCAGCGGCCGGGACCGUGAGGAUGCUGUGAUGCACCAUCUGCUCUGUGGAGGCCUCUACAAGCCACGCCGCCGGUACAAAGCCAGCUGCAGCCGCCACUUCAUCUCAGAGGAUGCUCAGGAACGGCAGGACAAGGAGAUCUUCCAGCAGAACAUGAAGCGGCGGCUAGAGUCUUUUAAGUCCACCAAGCACAACAUCUGCCUCAACAAGAGCAAGCCACGACCUCGCAAGACCAGUCGCAAGAAGAAGGAUGGCUUGGCUAACACUGAGGCCACAAAUGGGAAACCUCCUCGAGACCUGGGCUUUCAGGACACAGCUGCUGUGAUCUUAACUGUGGAGUCGGAGUCGGAGGAGGAGAGUGACAGUUCAGAGACGGAGAAGGAGGACGACGAGGGGAUCAUCUUUGUGGCUCGGGCCACCAGUGAGGUUCUUCAAGAGGGCAAGGUCUCAGGGAGCCUUGAGGUGUGCCCAAGCCCACGCAUCAUCCCCCCCUCCCCAACCUGUGCAGAGAAGGAGCUACCCUGGAAGAGUGGGCAGGGAGAUCUGGCAGUCUACGUGUCCUCGGAAACCACCAAGAUUGUGCCCGUGGACAUGCAGGCGGGCUGGAACCAGAGCAUCUCGUCCCUGGAGAGCCUGGCGUCCCCGCCCUGUACCCAGGCCCCGACUAUGACCCGCCUGCCUCCUUGCCCGCUGGCCGCUGAAGAGCCCCAGCCCCCUUUCGACCUGCCUUACGAUCCACGCCCUAGCUUCGCCUUUCCCCCAAGCCUGGCCAAAGCGGGCCGCUCUCGCAGUGAGAGCAGCGCUGAUAUCCCCCAGCAGCAGGAGCUGCAGCCCCUCAUGGGACACGAGGACCGCACCCACCUUAGCCCACGCGCAGCCAACUCCCACUGGUGCAUCCAGUUCAACAAAGGUGGCCGGCUGUAGCCCACGGACUCAAGGAGGAGCAGGGGGCUGGAUGCCCAUGGGAAGUCUUCCCUGGGCAAUGGGCAGAGGAGCCCACUUAGCCUGACAAGGAGCCAGAGGAGCCUGAACUAGCAACUGGGCUUCCUUGGGGCAGGUCAGAAGGGUAUCCUGGACUGGUCCUCACAGGGACCCUUUCACCACCUUCCAUUUCAGUAAGGCCCCUACCCUGGCUCAAGACCCAGUCCAGAACUUCUAGGGGCUAGGCCCAGGCACUGGGAAGCUGAUGCCCUUUCCUCAGUGGGUCCCCCUACGGUCACUCUUGGCAGCUUUUCCUGCCCCCAAAGCAAGGGGAUCAUUCCAUAGCUGAUGCUGGUCUUUCCUGCCCUCCACCCACUCCCCAGCAUCAGCUCAAAGACGGUGCCCUGGCACUGAGGCUCCUCGAGGGGCUGGUCCUCAGAGGGAUGGGGGUGGGAGGUGGAGCAGGCCUCAACCUUAGGCUUUGCUGCCCUAUUGGGUCAGCUACCUACAGCCAAUUUUGUGGGGGGCAGGGGGGGCAGUGGGAACCUGUGUCCAAUUCUUGCUUUAUCUCCUUCCCUUUGCUACCAGUUAUUGGGGCCAUAGUUCUUCCUUUUCCAGGAUCGAGGCCACAGGGCUGGGCCAGGCUUCAGAUCAGGGCUGUUUCUUGGCAGGGGUCACUCUGAAGAUCAGCUGCUCUGUAUCCAAGUCUGGAUCUUUCAGAUUCCUGGGUCUGGAUUUUCUGAGGAGGGGAGAUAGUGGCCUCUGGGCCACGACCACCUUGACAUUCCCCAAAUAGGAAAGGAGCCAGGUAUUAAAGGACCACCGUCCCACUGCUCUGGGGGCUGGGAUGCCUGGCUGCAGUGGGAAGGGGGCUGACUGGGUGGCAGGUAAAUUUUCUGGGGUUAGCACCUGCCCUGUGUCUUGUAUCUUGAACCUAAGACACAUUAAACAUCUCUCGGAUGAA